AGACUUUAUGUAGUUUUUCUCUUCUUUACUUACUCGGGAGCUUUGUCGUUGUUAACCGAUAACGAAGACAGCAAUUCUACAACAUUAACAGGGAGAGAAAAUUUAAAUAAUCUAAAUGUACUAUGGCAGAUGAUUAAUCAAGAAACUGUUAUUCGCUUAGCCUUGGUCAAAAAUGUUCACGUUUUAAUGAAUGAUGUUGAUUCUAUUAAACGAAACAUUGCGUCAUCAGACACCACCGUCUCCAAUUUACAGCAGAUGAUAGAAACAUUGAAAACCCAGGUGUACACUUUACAGCAGGAAAACAAAAAGCUUGCCGACGAUAAUAAGGAACUUCGGAAACAGACUCAGGAAUUUCAAGAACAUUUUACAAAAGUUGACGAAAACAUAACAGUUAUUUAUGAACACCAACAGGUCACGGAAAUAAAGAAUGAAGAGAAACGUCAGGCUUUAUUCAACCAAACUACUCACGUUCUGGAAGAUAUCAAAAUUGAAGUAAGAUAUCUAUCUGUGACGCUUUUGGAUUUCAAGGAAAAGACUGAAAAGGAUGAUAAAAUUGAAGAAGAGAACAUACAAAAAAUCAAAAGUCACCUGAAUUCAACACUUGAUUAUGUAAAUGCUAUAUUUUGGAGAACGGAAGGAUUGCUCGGGAACUUUUCUGCGUCAAUAAAAGACAUAGAAUACUCUCAGUCUGAAAUCAGCAGAACUCAAAUGGAAAACUUCACCAACACAGUUUUCAUGUUCGAAGAACGGACAAAGAAAACAGAAUAUGAACAACUCAAACUGUCGUCUGCUGUAUCCUCAUUAGAGGUGUUCCGAAUAAAUGUCUCAAAAUCAAACUGUGAUAAGAUUUCGAAGAUAGCAUUUUCCGCUGGAAUAACAUCAAACAAUAAUGGAUGGACAGGGGAUACGCUAAUUUUCCCUGAUGUAAUCUAUAACGAGGGAAGGGGCUACAACUCUAACACUGGAGUCUUUACUGCCAACACUGGGGGAACCUACGUGUUCUAUAUCUCUAUUCAGUCUGCUUAUCAAAAGUAUAAUUAUUUUGACAUAGUAUUAAAUGGAUCUUCUAAGGUCAGGGCUCUGGCUUGGUACAAUAGCGGGUUUGCCGUUAAAAUUCAUCAGACUGGAACAAACCUUGUCAUUCUCCCUCUUCGUAGUGGUGACAGAGUGUGGGUCAAACGAGCAGCUGGAACUGGAUACUAUAGUGAUAGUGCUCGCAUUACUACAUUUUCUGGAUUUAGAUUAUUUUAGUACCUAGUAUUUAGAUUCAUUGUCUUACAUAAUUCAUAAAUUAAUUGUUUCAUUGAACAAAGUUUUGAAAUCAUUUUAAUUUUCUAUAUUAGUGGAUUGUAGAAACUUUAUAUUGAUUCCUUAUCCGUGUUUCAUUGUUGUGAAUAAUUAUGCCUAAGAACAAUAAAAAGCAAUUAAAAUACUGUAAUCGUAAUUUGAACAGUAAAAGCAAAUAGGAUAACAUUUAUGUGGUAAUCCAACUUCUACCCAUAGCUCUCUUUCUGAGGAGGGAAUUCUUCAAAACCAUAUGUCAGUUUUAAAUAUUUUUGAU